GUGCAUUUUUCACCAAGACACCAGACACCAUAUAUAUAAAGUGCUAUCCUUGUCCCGCCUACUUCUGAUGAACGAAUCCAAGUGAGUAGUGGACCAUAUCGAACCGUGCGGUCAGCCUCCCAUACUUUUAGUCGAUAAAGAGAAGGAAGGGAUCAAGCUAUCGAUGAUGGAAUCCCUGCUUGCUUUCAGUCUCUGUUAUCUUCUUCUAUUAUGUUAAUUAUAUUCUUUCACUUACUAGAUUUAUCUAUUUUUCUACGCUCGAUCCUUCCUGUUCGAUUGGUUCUCCCCCAGUCCCGAAGCUUCUCCGAUUGAAUCCUUCUCCUUGCUAGCGUGAAAUGAUCUCUUACGAGUAGGGUUGCGACGCACAAACCCGCUACCUUAAAUGUGAUAAAAGCAAAUGGUUUGGAGGUCGGUUGUGGACAGUGCUAUUCUUCCCUCAGAAGGACCUCGAUUUACAUAACCAAGUUGUCAUGCUCUCUAGGUAUCCCUAUAUAACACCCUAAUCUGAUAUUUAUACCCCUACUUGUGGACAGGCAAGAAGAAAGAGCAGAGGAAGCCAAUGCUGGCAUGGUUGGCAGCUGUGGAGUGCCAAGAAGGCAGAAGUGACCCCGCCUGCUCUUGUUCAGCUUGCCAACAUCAUUGGGGAACUCAUCAGAAGGUGUGGACAAAGAGGCCACUUCUGAGGAUGCCUAUGUUCUGGAUUGUGAUAACAUCAAGUGGAUUUUUGGGCCUUGCAAUCAGCUUCACUUCAAUGUGGUUUCUCCAUCAGACUGGGGCCACGACAUACAGCCUCGUGGGGUCACUGAACAAGAUUCCUCUAUCAAUUGCCGGUAUCCUUCUUUUCAAUGUUCCAACUAGUCCAGAGAACUUUGCAAGCAUUCUCUUCGGUCUUCUGGCAGGGGUAUUUUUCACAAAAGCGAAAAUGUGGGAGAGAUCUCAAUCCUGAGAUUUAGAAGCUGCUUGAUAUCUAAGCACUUGUUUAUAGCCCUUCAAAUUUGCACUUAAAUGGCCACAUCACUUCUGACCCCAAUACCAGCUGAAGUGAAGUUUUCACAUCGACUCCAAUGUAGAAUCUGAGGUUAGAGAAGAAAAUGAUCAUUUUGAAGAUGAAAGAUGUUUUACCCAACUGGAGAUACCACUAUUUUCUUUCAAGCUCUCUCUUGAGAUUAUGGAGAAUGUGUGCUUUGGUAAAUGUAGCCCCUUUUCUCGGUGUCCCUAACGAUCCUUGCCGUAAUUCUGUCCUGUUUGUAAACAUUUGGAUCAUCAGGGAACUUUUCUAUUGUAAGCUCAUUGUAGAACUUAAUUUUGCAAAAUAAUUAGUAAAUGAUGAUCAUUUUGGUGCA